UCCCGGUUCCUGGACCAUCCACAGCUGCCCGCUGCGCAGUAAUAGCGACCCGCCAAGAACGCUCUCGGGCUGGGUGGAUACAUUAUACAGCCGGGAAGACUUCACACCACCCGGCGGGUCGCUAGGACUCGUCGAUUUUAACCCACUUUAAGCGGCGGACUACUCUUUUCCACCACCAAAAUGGAAGCGGACGCGUUUGUGUCCCGGAGAACCGCCAUGGAAACACCAGGCGUCGACAGCCGGGUUUCGAGCGCUGCAGCCGGGGCAGAGUUUCGAUGGAUGGGCAACAGACUGCUGGACGCCACGGGGGGAUUUGUCGGCUCUCUUUCACCGAGAAUGCCAGGGGAACCGGACUUUACCCCAGUUGUGCAUCGUGUGGAGACCUCCGUGGAGCCAGAAAUAGACUAUGAAGGGCUUCCUCAGGGAUCCGCCACCAGCACACACAUGCUGGCUGGAUCCGUGGCUGGAAUCAUGGAGCAUUGCCUUAUGUACCCCAUCGACUGUGUCAAGACCCGGAUGCAGAGCCUCCACCCGGAGCCCGGCGCUCGCUACCGGAACGUGAUGGACGGGCUGCGGCAGAUCGUGCGGACGGAGGGCGUGUGGCGGCCAAUCAGAGGCGUGAACGUGCUGGCUGUGGGGGCGGGGCCUGCACACGCUCUCUACUUCGCCUGCUACGAGAAGAUCAAGCUCUCGCUCAGCGACGCCAUUCACCCCGGAGCCAACAGCCACUUCGCUAACGGAGCGGCGGGCUGCAUGGCGACCGUGCUGCACGACGCCAUCAUGAACCCAGCAGAAGUUGUGAAGCAGCGAAUGCAGAUGUUUAACUCUCCGUAUCGAGGCGUUCUUCACUGCAUGGGCUCCCUGUGGAGACACGACGGCCCGGCGGCUUUCUACCGCAGCUACACCACGCAGCUCACCAUGAACGUGCCCUUCCAGGCGCUUCACUUCAUGACGUACGAGUAUCUGCAGGAGCUCCUGAACCCCCACAGACAGUACAACCCUUCCUCUCACGUGGUGUCCGGAGCUCUCGCUGGAGCCAUCGCUGCCGCCGUCACCACACCUCUGGACGUCUGUAAAACCCUCCUCAACACGCAGGAAGCUCAGGCUAUCCACGUGAUCGAGGCGGAGGCAGCGACAGCAGCUGUGGGAGCGGUGGGAACGGCCGCCGGGAGUCGACAUAUCUCCGGUUUGACCGAGGCGUGUCGGACUGUGUACAGGAUGGGAGGCGUGCCGGCGUUUUUCAAAGGCGUCCAAGCGAGGAUUAUCUAUCAGAUGCCGUCCACCGCCAUCAGCUGGUCCGUCUACGAGUUCUUCAAAUACAUCAUCACCAAGCGGCAGCACGAGAGACGGCUGCGGGGAGACGGAGAUAAAUAAACAAACAUCGGGAGCAGCAGAGGGUCAUGGCACUGUACCGAUAAGGUUUAAACUUUGACUUUUAAAAAGCUCCAGAGUUUUAGAUUCGUCGAGCUCACUCCUAAUUUGUUUUCUGAGAUCUGUUCAGCGUGUUCAGAAGCAAAGAAGCAGCUGGAAUACUUCAUUAUUAGUGUGUGAAAUGUCCUUAAAACACCCAUUGGUUUAAAAGGGGUCUCCGAGUGGCACACAGGAAGUCCUGGGUUUCACUGAACAAGCCCCAUUCACUUCUGAUGCUUUAACAACUUCACAAAGUCAUUAUGUAUUGGCUUUCAAAAAGCUUAUUAUUCCCUUAAGGUAACGCACCGUAAUAGAAAAGCUUUGUUAGGACAUGUUUGAGUGCAGUUUUGAUUCGUCCCUGAACUCAAGUGCAUUGGAUUUGAUCAAAACAAGGUUAGGGUACUGAUUUGAGCUUUGAUUGGAAAGUGUUAACACUCACUUCAAAUGUAUUGUGUAGAAAUGAGAGCAUUUUUACAACAAAAGCGCUAUAUAUCCUACACUGUAUGAGAGGUCAGCAUUUUAAACGCACAGUUACUAAGAGUGUUUUUAGGUUCAGAGACGAAACAAAAGUUCUUCAUAAACGCUCUGUACUGCACACCUCUUGAAAGUGUGACACCAUAUUACCUUCUGACCACAAGGGGGCGCCCAACACCAGCGUCAUACAACUGAGAGGAAACAGGAAGUAAGUGUGCUGGUGUACAGAAACCAGGAGCUAAAACGUGUGUGUGUGUGUGUGUGUGUGUGUGUGUGUGUGUGUGUGUGUGUGUGUGUGUGUGUGUGUGUGUGUGUGUGUGUGUGUGUGUGUGUGUGUGUGUGUGUGGCGACUCGGACCAUUUCACCUCAACUGUCAUAACAUUUUAAGGUGUGUUUUAAAAACGUGAUUCUUAAGGUUUCUUUGAAUGAACACAUGACAUAUUUACAGCUUCGUGGUGUCUCAUCUGUGUCUUUACACCGGGUGCUUUCAAAUCCACACACACAUGUUUCUGCUGCAGAUUGUAUAUGCUGCACACACACAGACACAGACACACACACACGCUCAUGCUGGUACAAGUUUAAAUUAGAUUUUUGUUCUAAAACAACAUACCAGUUUUAUGGAAAGUGCUGCAUCCUAAAGUGUCCGUGCUUCUUUCUAAUGAAAAUCCCUUGCUUUAGGAAAUGUAAAAACUCAACAAACUUGAAGUUUCACGCAGGAAAGUGUUUGUCAACUCACUAAAAUAACUGAAAAGUUGAAUUUAAUCACAUUUAUUUAUUGUAUUAGGGUUGGUUGAAAGCAUUAAUGUGUUCAUUUAAAAGUAAUAUUAUUGCUUCCAACUCACCUAAUAUAUAAUAUAUAUAUUAAUGGCAAAAUAAAUGUAAUUAAACGCUUUGGAAGAAGAUCAUUUUAGUUUGAUUCUAUAUUUUUUAAACGCACAGCAUCCUAGCAAUUAAUAUUAUGGUCUUUAUGAUUGGUAAGGACAACGAGAAGUUCUAAAAUAGAGAAUAAAGUAACAUGACUUGUACACAUGCCUUCAGUUAGCCGCCGUACAUCAACGCACAACUAAUACAAAGAUAUCCUCAGAUAGAGAUGUGAUAUUGGGUUUUUAAGCCAUAAAAGAGGAUGAAAUUGUACAUAAUAUAUAGCGUGUAUAUAUAUAUAUAUAAAAGUAUAUAUAAAUACAGAUAAACACAUACUAAGUUUUAAAUGCUGAAAAAUACAAAACUAAAAGGUUGUAGCUAAAACAUUCUGGGAGGAAGCGACAGGAAGGAUGCUCCCCUAAGGUGCAACAAAGGAAACCUGGUUACUUUGAGGACGCAGAAAAGUAAUAAGUAUUAAAAGAAGAUUGUGCUGUUGCUCGUGUGAAGUGUCCUGACAGGGGAACCACAGACUGAGAGCAACUCUGUCAGGUGACGACUAAUGUGAAACGCUGGAACUUGUUAAAGAUGACUCCUGUAUUUUGUGAACUGUAAAUAAAGUCGCUCCGGCAGCUCCUCGCAGAAGCAGGGUCUUCUCUUGGUGCUGGUCUCCAAGCGUGAAGAAUCAA